CUCAUCCAGUCUCUCUUCACCUGCACCAGGUUGAUUGUGUCGCUAAAUAUCUCUUUUCUUCUCUUUUUCUCUCUCUCGUCUCUAUCAUUUCCCCUCUCUGACGGACUUGUCUAUCAUAUUGUGCCUGUUUUUUCAGUCUUUCAUCUCAUUUCUUUUCAGUACUCUUAAAUCAUGAAUCCAAUGGGAAUGGGAGGUCCGGCUGAGGCUCCAAGGCGUGCUCACCUCUACGUCGGAAAUCUGAGCCCUCGCGUGACGGAGUACAUGCUCACGGAGAUCUUCGCUGUCGCUGGUCCCGUUCAGCAUGUUAAAAUAAUCCCAGACAGGAACUAUCAGCAUGGAGGGCUCAACUAUGGCUUCGUCGAAUACAUGGACAUGCGUGCCGCAGAGACCGCCCUGCAGACUCUGAAUGGUCGCAAGAUCUUCGACACGGAGAUCCGUGUCAACUGGGCCUAUCAAGGUCAACAAAAUAAGGAGGACACCACAGGUCACUACCAUGUUUUCGUCGGUGAUCUAAGCCCCGAAGUGAACGAUGAGGUCCUUGCGAAGGCGUUCAGUGCCUUUGGCACCAUGUCGGAUGCUAGAGUCAUGUGGGACAUGAACUCUGGAAAGUCUCGUGGAUAUGGUUUCUUGGCAUUCCGAGACAAAACAGAUGCUGAGCAGGCCAUCGCGACGAUGAACGGCGAAUGGCUUGGUUCGCGAGCUAUCCGUGUCAACUGGGCCAAUCAGAAAACACAGGGCGCUCCCGCAGCUUCUACAUCCCCUCGUCCCGGCAGCACUGGCAGUGCGCCCGCUCCGAUGAAUUUCCAAGGCGGCCCCCUCUCCUAUGAGUCCGUAGUCCAGCAAACUCCCGCGUACAACUCCACUGUCUACGUCGGCAAUCUUGUUCCUUACUGCACGCAAGCGGACCUCAUUCCUUUGUUCCAAUCCAUCGGCUAUCUUUCCGAGAUUCGCAUGCAAGCUGAUCGUGGUUUCGCUUUCGUUAAGCUCGAUACUCACGAACACGCUGCUCUGGCUAUUGUUCAACUCCAGGGUCAAAUGGUGCAUGGCAGGUCAAUCAAAUGCAGUUGGGGCAAAGAUAGGGCAGAUGGCGCGGCCCCUCAGCCCCUCAGUCCCACCACCAGCGCUGCAGCUCCCUACGGAAAUAUGCCUAUGUAUGGGAUGCCCCAGCCUGCGUCUUAUGGGCAGUACGGGUUUGGUGGAUACACUGGAUUUCCAAAUCAAACCGCAGGCGCUCCUGGAAGCACUGUCCCUGGAUCCCCCGGCAUGCCCCAGCCAGCGAAUGCUGCUCCAGGUGCUCUUGGUCUAACCGGCGCCCCGCAACCAGGUGCAGAUCCUACGGCGACAGCAGCGGGUCAAGGCGGACAAGCCCAGUGGGGCGGCGAUCCGAAUUAUUAUUCUAACUAUUGGAGUGGCUAUUAUGGACAACAGCAGCCUGAUGCUCAGAUGCAAGGCGCUCCUUAGAUUGCGAGCCGAUCAUUCCUUUCCUUCAGAUGUAUGUAGCCCCCCCUCUUCUCUAUGCGUAAUGCGCCCUGCCAUUUGCAAUAAUGUCUAUAUAGCCUAUUGUCUCGAGUGCACGAUUAUCGACUUUUUUUUCCGUCCAAGUUUUACUUUUCCAUACAUCGUAUAAGAGUGUUUAACAUGUUUCUUGCCACUUCAGUUUCAUCGUAUGUAUCCAAGCACUACAGUCAUCGACAUCGAUAGGUUUUCUCAUUUCUUUUCGAAUCCUUUAUCUCAUACCUGCUGCACUACAAGUUUUCGUCUCAUGCUUCCCUGACAAUGAAAACUCACGAGAUUGCUUGUCCUCUA